UCCGACCCGACCCGACCCAGCUUCGCCCCUAAGCCUUUUGGAUCUCAUUCAAAAGUCGACUCUUUGACCCGGAAAGUAGACAAAAGUCAUAUUCUUCUCCACAGAAAAACAAACCAGAAAUCAAGAACACAAAAGAAAAAGUAUAAUCUGAAAAAAAUGGUUUGUGUAGCUUGCUUAAUACCGCUGUUCCUAGUCCCGAUCGUUAAUUUAUUACCUGUUCUCUUCCAUAUUCUCAUGGCGAAGGUUUAUAGAAUGAUGGGGAAGGAGUAUCAGAGACCAGAAAGAGCACCUCCUGCUUGUCCUUUUAAACCAUCAGCUACUAAACCCAAUAAUUCUGUUACCGGAGAAGAACCAAGUUCUGGCGCCCCCCAUCCUGUACCUAAGGCAGUUGGAGUGGAUGAUUCCAAGCAGGACUAACUUUUGAAAGUUGGAAACUUUGAUUGUAUUCAGCAAAUUACAUAUCGGUUACGUCUUCCUUGAGACUAUGCAGGUUCUCCUAGCCAUUGUAAAAUGAUAUUGUGUGCUACCAAAUCAUCUUGGUUAUAAUUUAGUUUGUGGAGAUUUGGAUCAUAUAAACUGGACCUUUUAAAACAUUUUUCUUGUUAACUUGUAAAUCUAUGUUUAGACACAUGACAUCUGAUUGUGCCUUUCUACUUUAUAAUCUUUCUUCAGUUGUGCUAUGUAUGUGAAAGUGUCAUUCUUAUGUCAAUCACAUAAAAGUGACAAUUUGGAAAUUCCAAA